GCUAAACGUAGGGUCUGACGUCAUUCAGAAGCUACCCCCGGCUGCCUUCUGUCAUGCGCGUGAAAGGAAAGGAAGGACAUGACAUGGGGUUAUAUUUUCCACUGACUACAUAAACGACCUCCUGACGCUGUUUAAGUCGUCAAAUAGUUUGGGUUUCUAUGUUUCGCUUUAGUAGGACGUUUAAUUAACAUCUAGUAGAAGCUGAGGCUAGCGAGUCAAGCAGCUAGCUUUUUAACUCGCUGUUUAAAAGGAGCAACUUUAGCCCAAGGAGCAUGGCGUUAAUCCUGUUUACGAGGUCCCGGACACCCUUAAUGAAAACGUCCCGGUCGUUAAAGAACGAAUUCCGGAAAGGUAAAGGUAAACUACAGGAUGGUUCCUGUUUCAACUGCACAACUCUCAGACUCACCAGUCAAAAGCUUGACGUGCUCCAGCUCGGCAGCUUGGCCCGUGUCUUCUCCGUCAGCCCAUCCUCCCCCCUGUCCGAUGAAUACAUGGCAACCUGUCAGAAUCAGGACCCGCAGCGACCGUACUGUGCAUUUGCCGUGGCUUCCUCCAGUCCGGCCUGGCGUACGACAGGCUCGCCUCAGUACUUCCCGGGCGUCAGGUGGAUACACACCUCAAGGAGACGAUGGGACGACUCAAAGCUGGAGAAAUCCCUAAAAUGCUUAAAAGACAAGAAAAUGAAGCUAGAGGAAGGCGGGCCAGUGUACAGCCCCACGCUGGACGCUGAACCCGUCAGACGGACGAUCCGGCAGCGGGUCAUUGACGAAAUCAAGCACUACUACCACGGCUUCAGGCUGCUGUGGAUCGACACCACCAUCGCGGGGCGCAUGUUCUGGAAGAUCCUGAAUGGGAAUCCUCUGUCUCGCCGGGAAAGGAGACAAUUCCUCAGAACGUGUGCAGACGUUUUCAGGCUGCUGCCUUUCCUGGUGUUCAUCAUCGUCCCGUUCAUGGAGUUCCUCCUUCCUGUGGCGUUGAAGCUGUUCCCCAACAUGCUGCCUUCCACCUUUGAAACCCAGUCGAAGAAGGAGGAGAGGUUGAAGAAGGAGCUCAGAGUCAAACUGGAGAUGGCCAAGUUCUUACAGGACACCAUCGAGGAGAUUGCACUGAGGAACAAGGCUGCCCUGGGCAACGUGACCGAGGAGUUCUCCACCUUCUUCCAAAAGAUCCGGGACUCUGGAGAACGUCCCAGUAACGAGCAGAUCAUGAAGUUCUCCAAACUGUUUGAGGACGAACUGACUCUGGACAACCUGACCCGACCUCAGCUGGUGGCUCUCUGCCACCUCCUGGAGCUCCAGUCCAUUGGAACCAACAACUUCCUGCGCUUUCAGCUCAUCAUGAAGCUGAGGGCCAUCCAUGCUGAUGACAAGCUUAUAGCAGAAGAAGGAAUAGAGAGUAUGAGCGUGACCGAAGUGCAGGCAGCCUGUCGCGUUAGAGGCAUGAGAUCUCUUGGAGUCACAGAGGAACGACUGAGGGAGCAACUCAGCCAGUGGUUGGACCUGCAUCUGAACCAGCAGAUCCCCACGUCUCUGCUGCUGCUGUCCCGAGCCAUGUUCCUCCCGGACACUCUGUCUCCAGCGGACCAGCUCAAAACGACGCUCCAAACCCUUCCUGAGAUGGUGACCAAAGAGGCCCAGGUGAAGGUGGCUGAAAUCGAGCUCUCCAAAGUGGACAAUAAGACCAAACUGGAGACGAUGCUGCAGGAGGAGGCAGCAAUACGCCAAGACACCAAAGAUCGGGAGAUGGAGAGGCUGGCUGAUGCUGCAGAGAAGGCUGCUAGGGAGGAUGAGUUGGAGCUGGAAGUCGACGGUGCGAAACACAGCGAUGCAGAGCCUGCCUUGCUACAAGCUACCAGAGCAGCUCAGUCAGAGACUCUGAGGGACACAGCUCCUGUUAUAGAGGCAAACAAGGAUGAGGAGAUAACCAAAGAAGAGAUCGACCUUCUGAGUGACGCCUGCUCUAAGCUGAAGGAGCAGAAGAAGCUGCUGACUCUGGAGAAAGAGGAACUGGAGGAGCUGAAGGAUGACGUCCAGGAGUACAACGAGGAUCUGGAGGAGAUCAAAAAGGAAUUUUCCAAGAAAGGUCAGGAGAAGGCCUUGGAAGAAUCGAAGGCCAGCAAGCGUUUGUCUAAGAGAGUCACCCGCAUGAUCGGUCGCAUUGAUAAGAUCAUUGGGGAGCUGGAGAAGGACAAAGUCAUGCUGGACGGACAGGCGGAAAGCGGAACCAAUCUACCUGUUGGUCUGUUCUACACCUUCAGGGAGAACCUGAUCGGCAUCGACGAGCUCAUCAACGUCAUGCGGCAGAUCCAGAACAUUCCAGAGGACAAGCUGCAGAGGAUCGCAAAAGCCCUGGACGACAACAAGGACGGAAAGAUCGACAUCGACGAUGUCAUCAAAAUGGUGGAACUGAUCGACAAGGAAGACAUCGACAUCUCUACUUCGCAGCUGGCUGACAUCAUGGUCAUGCUGCAGAAGGAAGAGAAGCUGAUGGAGAAGGAGAAGGCCAAAGACAAAGCUGAGAAGGAGCAGGCAGCCAAACUCAACAGCUAACUCAUCUUCCCUCAAAAACACAGAGAGCAUAUGUUUAAAAAAAAAAAAAAAAAGACCACAUAUUAGCUUAGUCUGCUACCGGCUCUCGGAAUACUUCGGACAUCAAGUCAUUGAGAAUUACAAGGUAACAGUACAAGGUAACAGCUGCCAUGUGGAAAUAACUGCUUAACAAAAAAAAAAAGUCAAUAAAAAGGCCUCCUUCAUCUUCAGUGCACAGAAUUAAUUUGAAAGCUAUUAUGUAAAAUCUUUUGGAGUGAUCUUAUGUAUUAUGUGGAUACUUGAGUUUAUGAAAUUUUAGCUAAUUUAUUGAUACAGGGAACAGGGUGGCAUGGAACCAUGGUUGCUUUACGAACUAAAAGCUUUGAGGAGAUAUUUGAUCAUGUGAUAUUUAGAGCUUGGGGUGAAACAUCUUGCCUUUCAUUUCAAUCAUGUCAUUUCACACAAAUGACAUCCAUUCUGGACUUGCACAGUAAACACUAUAGUCAUUAUUGUCAUUCCACUAAGUUUUUUUUUUCUUCUUUAUUUUCACCCACCAUUCAAUGUCAUAUACUUCCUUUCUCUUUUUCUCAUUUGUGUUUGUUCUGGUUGGCUGGUACUGUUAGUGGCUGCUACCAAAGACGUUAUUAGACACAAAGCUCACAUUGUGAAUGUGAAACUAGCAUAAUUGCAUUUUAAAAGUGCUUUACAUUAGUUUAUUCUGGAAAUGGAAGCAGAUUUAGAUUCAUUCCAGUUAAUAUGGUAUCAGUUACUUACUGCGGUAUACAUAAAUGUGUUGCAACAUUUAUACCUCUAGCAGCUCUAACUUGCUUUAGGACAUUGAUUCUUUGGGCGUCUCCUCAGGGGUCUUGUGCUGUAACAUUGAAUGCUAGCGGAUCUGACCGUUUCUUGUGCAUUCUGUCGAAGCACUGUUGGAUUCAGACUGCAGUUUGUAGGCAGGGUUGAUGCUUUACACUCUCUGUCUAGGCAUGGGUCAGUUACUGUGCAUCAAAGUAUUCUGAUGUUGGAAAAAGUGCCGACUUGAACACCAAAACAACACAAAACAUCCUAUUGUUUCUGUGCUCUAAAGCUCUCAUAAAGGGGCAGUAUUAUGUAAAAUUGACCUUUGUUAAUCUUUCCACAAUGUUAUAGUGCAGUUUUCUCAUCACAAACAUACCUGUAGUGUAGCUUUGAUUCUUUUAUGCGUGUUGGAGAAAUGCUUAAAUCUCCACGGUAACCAUUCAACUGUGCAAAACACCUGGGUGGACUUAGCCCCGCCUUGAAGGCGCAGCUCCUCCUCAGAGCUGCAGUUCCCAAACUUCUGCCUCACAGAGCAGCUCUCUCCCACCAAGUUCCUUCAGACUAGCCAGCAGCAAUUAGCAAACACCUGGUGGAACUUAGGAUCUGCUGAGCUCAUUAUAGGAGCUACUUCUCAGAGCAACAUUGGUAAAAACAUUGUUAAAGGGUUUAUAGAGGAGCCAUGUUGUGAUCACUUUCUGGAAGCGGAGUUUCAGAAAGAGCAGAAGUUUCUUAAAGAGACGGAGACCCAAUUUCUAGGCGUUAAAUUACAAAGAUAAAUUUCUUUGAAGUUGUAUUUCUUAUAUUGAGCAUUUUUAUAACAACUGGAGGUAACAGGGCUGCUUAAUCAUGCUAUUAAAUUAAUCUAUAUGUUUGAAAAGCACAUAAUAUUGCCCCUUUUAAUAAGACGCCAGAGGAUUCCCCUCACCCACCCACUGCUACACACUGCCUGUGUAGCAAAAAGAAAGCAGCUGCAUUUUUCUCUCACUUACUGGAGAGGUAAACUGGACCGAAAAUGUUCGAACCAUAGAAAGGGGUCUAAUUGCAACUGUUGAGUCUAUGAUUAGCUCGUCUGUUCAGCAGCAGACUGCAGGCCAGCUACCCGAGCGGAGAGCCUGACUAAUUAACAUGCUAACAUCAGCUUAUUAUGCUUGAAACUUGAAACUUAAUUAUUCUACAUUCUAGCUUCACUGAAUCAAAAUGGAAAUAACUGAAUGCUAGACCACCAGAAAAAAUCAGUACUUGGAAAUGUUUGUUUCAAUAAAAGUAACUAGAUCGUAUUUUACGUCUUUGUUUAAAAUUUAGUUGUAAAUUGUGUUUUUAUUCAAUGUUAUGAGAAUGUCGCACUGGCCCAUGCCUAGCUGCCAGACGUUUAAGGACGACUUGACUCUUGGCUUAGAGAAGUCUGUCACAUUGAGGAUCAGAUUUUUAUUUUAUCUUUUCAAAGCAAUACCCAUAAGAGCGCUACUUAAUGUCUGCAAGCAAAGCACAGCUCUGCAACAGCACUAUCAGUUUCAUUUAAUGGUUGUGGCUGGUUUUUAUAUGUAGCCUCACCUCCUUGUAAAGUGCCCAAGUUACACUGUAGUGCUCAACACCAAAUCCUGGUUACUGCUAAGAAAACCCGGACAAACAGAACCAGUAUACGACAAACAUCUGUCCUAGCUGGUUUUAUGAAACUGGAGGAUUUUAAAUUUGUUUAUGAAGAGGGUAAACUCGAAGCUUGAAUGAUUCAUAUUUGCUCCACAUUUGCUCUGUUAGAAUGCUGGUAGAAUUGGCCUUUAUAGGAUAAAUACAAAGUGGCCUUCUCUUGAUGCAUGAACUACUAAUGGUUGAUGUACUGUUUGUAUAUUUAUUUAUACAUUUCUUUAGACCUUUAAGGAGAUUAUAAUAUAUUUUUGGUUAUUAUGAAUAUGAGUGUAGAACAGAUUAUUUAGAAUUUUACCCUCAGACCAGUUUCAAAGUAAUAUCACACUGCAGCUAUGAAUGCGUUAGUUUUAAACAAGGAUAUUUCUGUUUUCUUUUUUUUUUUUACAGAAAAAUUAUAAUAUCAUGUACAGAGAGAAAAAUAUUCAAACGUCCACAUAGUAAAAUCCACGUUUUGUCACCGUACAAACAAACUUCUUUUUUAUUUUUUAUUGGGGUUUUUGGGACAGAACCAAAGUGGUUCAUUCUUAUGAAGUUUAAAGUUUCAUGUCUGACUUGUAGCAUUCACCAUCUUCCCUGUCGAUGCUGAGAAGGGGCAUUCCCGCAGCAUGAUGCCACCACCCCUGUGUUUCACUGCAGAAGGAUGUCUUCAGAAUAGGCAUUCGCCACUAAAUUGGUCGGCCUUGAUUUCCUUAAUGUCUGCAGUAAACAAUAGUCGCCCCACCGUUGCUCACUUUGUGACUUUGUCAUUAUAUUUGGAGGUUUUAAGACAAAAAAACCCCGUAUCAGCCAGAAUCAGAAUUGCCAUUUCAAGAUCGGCCUAGAAACUGCAAUCGCUACACCCCUACUGCGGCGUGAUGUGCAGUGGUAGUUUUUGGCCAAAAUGUGACAAUUUUCUCCCGUUUUUAGAUGAUGAAUUGAAAAAAAAAAUGCUUUGGAUGUUGUUUUAUCCUUGUUUCUUUCUCCUCAUCAAGAUAUUUGUCACAUAAAAUCCUAAUAGAACGCAUGAAAGUCUGAGACAGUAUCAAGUCGAAAUGUGGAAAAGUUUAACAGUACAGUUAAACUUUACUGUUAAACUUUUAACUGCCAAUAACUGCCAAUAUCUUAAUAUUGGCAGUUAAAUAUGUCAAUAUGUAGUUUAAUCAGAUCUCCAAGUAAAUGUUACUCUGAUUAAACAAUGUUCUCAUUUUAGAAAAAGUGUUUAAAAAAAUUUUCUUUGUUUUUUCAAUCUGCAACAUAAAAUGGUGUGAAAUGCAAUAUGAUGUGUUCAAGUGUAAUAAGUCAAAUGUUUAGCUAUUUGGCUAGUUUAGUCACCUGAAUUAAAUAUUCCAGACAAUAUAUUUACUGCAGUUAUCAGGCUAAACAUGCAGCAACGAUUUUAAUUUGAGUUGUUUUCUACACCUGAUUUUUGUCAUUUUCAGAGUUUUAUGAUCGUGAAAAAUGUCUUUAAAGAUGAUCAUUUUCUGGCUGCGACUGCUGAACGUCCUCACUCCCCCAGGAAAAGGUUUGAGUCUCUGCUAAGUUGAGCUAAUGUUGGAUAGUCUGUGCUCACUGGUAUUCCUCGUUGGGCUUCCUCGGCAGUAUUCUGUAAAGGUGCCUGGCACAGUUGGACAUGACAGAGAGGUUCUUUAGGUAGCACCGAGUCGAUGACGCUCACUUUAAUCUGUUCCCGGAGUCCGUUGAUGAUCAGAAGCUUGUUUGUCCUCUGUGUUCAGAUGGAGUCUGAACCCAGAUGUUUAGGUCAGGCGUGUUCGUCUGCAGCCUUAGUCAGCAGCCGGUGUAAACGUGAAGAAGAGUGCAUACUUGGAUCAAAUGUUUGAUUCUUUACCAGUCGAUGGAUAAACUCACUUAUCAGCUGUAACAUAUCUAUGGAAGGCUAGGAUUUUACAUUCACACGAGAAAAAUUUUUUCCCAAACUCUCAAUAUUUGGAAGCUAAGCCCUCAGAAAUGUCAUAUUGUUUUAUAUUCUGUCAGCAAGUCACUAAUUAGAUCACAAUGUUUGCAGAUGCACCCAGUGGAGGUGAGUGGGUGAUUUCAGUGAUGCUUUUACUUGCCACUACCAGUUUUGCAUUAUUCGGAUUUCUGCUUAAGAACUGUAACAUAAGAAUGUUAUGUGUCAUAAAAAAUCAACUAUAAAACAGGCUUUAAGUAUUUUAAAACCAUUUUCUCUUAUAAGAACUCAUCACCGCUACAGAUAUAACAUCUCUAUUCCUUGAGAGUGUUGAGCUUCAGUCUAACUCACAGGACUCGGCUUUUCCAAAUCCGAUGUGCUCCAUGAUUGACAGCAGGAUAAAUCCAGAACAGCUCUGGAGCGCAGGGGUAAAGCAUGCAGCCCAGAUACAGAGGCCUUAGUCCUCGACGCGGCCGUCACGUCUUUGAGUUGACCCGAUGACCGUUGUCUCUCCUCUUACUCAUAACAUUCUUUCCUGUCUGUCCACUCUCAAAUGAAGGCCACUACAGCGGAUAAAGCAUAAAAAAGAGCCACUUUGCCACACUCCAUUUAGUCUCUUAUCUGUUGAAAGUCUUGCUUUCUUUCGCUCUCUCGCAGCAUUAAUGAACCGCAAACUUGUUUCAACAUGUCAUGGAAAAUAUAGUAUCUCUUUACAUAGAUUUUACUAGGAGGAUGUAUUAGGACAUUUUGUGAAUAGAGAAAAAAAAGAAGAGUAAGUUUAUGCAAAAAAAAAAAAAUCUAAUUGUGAGAAUAAUCUUUUUUAGAAAACAUUGGAAAUUUCAGAAUUUGAAAAGUCACAAAUGUUCAACUUUUGAAUCUUGGAAAAGGUUUUUAUUUCUAGAAAUUUUUGACUUUUCAAACAGGAAUUUCCAAGUAUUUGCUGGAAAGGUUCUGAGAUCAAUCUAAAAAAUGUUUUAACUUUUUGGCAGAAACAUACUCCCUUACUUUAUCUCCAAUGGCCCUAAUGCUCUGUUGUAUCUUACAUCUCUACCUUCUUCGAUUUCAAAUGAAGCACCUCGAUGAUAGCAAAAACCAAGCUGACGUUGAGUCGUCUUACUGCUGCAACAACAUCUGCACAGAAGAGUGUUCCUGUCGGGCCAACCUGGAAGCAUUUUUAAGGUGCAUUCAUUGAUCAAAACCCAACCAGGCAGCCACAGAUCAGGACAGAUCGAGUUGAAAUCUUCAGAUUCUGCUCACCAGCUAUCUUAUGGUGCAUUUCUAGUUUAUAUUAUUAACACACAUUUUCUUUAUAUGCUAAUUUGUUUAUGAGGAGUGGAUGAAAACCUGUCCAACCAAGCACGAAGAGCCUUUCUGCAUGCAGUUUGGCAGAAGUCCUCAGACAUUUUGUGGUUGACAGAGAAUAAAAAAUAAAAAAACGCCCAAAAAAACAGAAAAAACUCCAAAAGGAGAAAAAAAAGACGUUUCCAGGCUAUGUAAUCUAGGUUAUGGUUAUGUAAUCUAGGUACAGCUGAGAGAGAACUCUUCCUUCCAGUUACUUACUGUUUAUGGAGAGGAAGACAAAAGCUGCAGUUAUGGAAACUGACUGCAGAGUCUAACCUCGGUUGAAACGCACCGUUCAGGUCGGUAGCUUUGUCUGAAACCAUCUCAGGGUGUAAAUCUUCAGUCCGACGGGAUGAAGGAUCAGCGUUAGGGAGACUGAAUCUAAGCCACAAACCGUCCUUUAAGAUCCCUGCUUAGUUUGCCAGACUGAAAUCAUUUUUAUGAUUCUUCUAAAUUAUAAAAAUUUAGAAGAAUCAAGAAGGGUGGGCACAAAAGACAAUAAUCUUAAGAAAACAUCAUCUCAACUUGAACAAGCAGUUUCAAUGCAUCUUAGAAGCAAGAGAGAAACGGCAAAAAGAAGAGAUUUUCCAUUAGGUUCUGACCGAAUCCACCAGACAUUUUGCUCCCGCUGCCGUGUGAGGAAACGGUUUCAAGAUCAGCCGGGGUGUGUUUAAGAGCAGGAGCUCUGUGUUUAAGAGCAGGAGCUCUGUGUUUAAGAGCAGGAGCUCUGUGUUUAAGAGCAGGAGCUCUGUGUUUAAGAGCAGGAGCUCUGUGUUUAAGAGCAGGAGCUCUGUGUUUAAGAGCAGGAGCUCUGUGUUUAAGAGCAGGAGCUCUGUGUUUAGCAGGAGCUCUGUGUUUAAGAGCAGGAGCUCUGUGUUUAAGAGCAGGAGCUCUGUGUUUAAGAGCAGGAGCUCUGUGUUUAAGAGCAGGAGCUCUGUGUUUAAGAGCAGGAGCUCUGUGUUUAAGAGCAGGAGCUCUGUGUUCCUGAAUGGAAAACAAAAUUUGAUUACCUAAAUGAGACUGAAAUUGGGAAAACGUAUCACUGAUCGUGGAAGCUGAGGCCGCGGUAGCAGUAAUAUCAGGUUACAUUCAGUGAGAAAGUUUAGGACUUGAUGUUAGAACAUGCUUUAUAAAUCAACUUGAAUCUCAUCUAAAAAGCUAAUUUUAUUAUUAUUAUUAUUAUUUUUUGCUAAUGUGCAUCUAGAAAAUAUUCAGCGUUUCACUUUUCCUGCUUUUUACAUUACAGCUUGUUCCCAAAUUAAUUAGCUAUUUAAACGUUGUCUUGAGUUUCUGUAAAGGAUCAUGAGCAAAGUGUACCAAACGUUGUUUAAUAAACUGUAAAGGUUCUUGUA